AUGCAUAUGACUAUCUGCUACGCAAUUCUCCUUUUGUUAAGUGUAGAGUGUUUCAAAGCAUCGUACAAGUCACAGAAUGGUUGUGGCUAUGGAGUAAUCAGAGAGUCUCGCAAUAACAUUCAACAUGGGAGUGUUCAAUAUAUUCUCGAUUCAAUCAUCGAAGCAUUAGUAAGGAACCCAGAACGACGUUUUAUCUAUGUUGAAAUAGCCUUUUUCUGGCGUUGGUGGAAUGAACAAUCGAACGAUACACGUAAGAUUGUUAAAGAGCUCGUAAAUGACGGCCGUCUUGAAUUUAUUUCUGGUGGUUGGUGUAUGCAUGAUGAAGCAACAACACAUUACAAUUCAAUCAUUGAUCAACACAGUUUAGGAGCUGAAUUUUUGCGAGAUCAAUUUGGUAAUUGUGCUCGACCAAAAAUUGCCUGGCAAAUUGACCCCUUCGGGCAUUCACGCGAAGCUGCAUCACUUUUUGCACAAGUCUAA